AUGACAAGCGAAUGGUGGGAGGAUACCACGUGGCAAUACGCUUAUGAGCUUGGUGAGUCUGUUUUUCUUCAUUGAUUCGGGAAAGGCAUUUCUCAAUAAUCUUACGCGCCAUGAGUUCAGGAUCCUCCAUAGCGCGGGAAUAUAGAAUGCUUCCAUAUUCGAUCCUGAACUACAUGGUGUUGGUUGUGGUGCCUCGCGGUUCCCUCUUAUGGUAGUGCAAGAGGCUUCUCUCUUUCUAAUUUGGGAUUUCCCAAGUGGAGGUGGUUCACGUCGCCGACUACCAACUGUUCCUCAGCGACCCGGUUGCGUUUCCCCUUGUUCCAGUUAUGUUGCAGAGAGUUGCAGUUUAUUUUAACUUCACAUCAGAAGACACACUUACUAGGUAUAGAUACUUAGGCAGGCCCUCCCUUGAACAGAAAGCAAACUAAUGAACCUCGCAGGCGUAAUUCAUUGAGUCAGUAUCGUUCUUGGCGCUCCCUCGUAUCAACGCUGCUGCAGACGCUUCGCCUGCAAAUAGCAAGGAAACGAAGCAGAUAACUCGCUGGUUCUUACGAUUUAAGAUUUCUUUUUCUAAUAUCAAGGAUAUCCAGAGAGCAACAAACCGGAAUCCUGGCGUGGAAUUUUCCGAGUGGAUGAUGCAAGCAAUGCGCGCACGUUAUGCUCGUAAGUCAUAAUCUAAAUGACGUAAGUGAUUAAUAAAGUAACUUAGUUUAUUACUGUCUUGAAGACCAAUCAAUGCGCAUGAACCAAUAGGGAAUAUUCUGAUAGAUGGGUACGUAAGAGUUUCCUGACAUUGACUGGGCUCCUGCCUCUCCUGAGUAUGCCUGUUUUCUUUUCUAAUCCUCUGCUGAAGUUGCCCAGAGCAUCGCGGACAACACUUUUCACGCAGACAAGCAUCUUUUAAGCAUACAGGAAGCGCCUCUCUCCAUGGCAGCAUUCUCGCUUUUGAUUGUGGCUUUCUAAUGCCGCAAUUGUGGGGAAUGCUGAGAAAGAGAGACGGACUCGUGACGGUUCUAAGAAGGCAAGCCUUUGUAUCGACUUGGCGCGGGGAUCUGUUUUUAUGUCUAUCAAUCAAGAUAAUUGAACUUCGUACAAGAUUAACAUUGCAAAUGUAGAAGCUCCUGUAGAGAGACUACGCACUAGCAAAGACAGAGACUAGAAGUACACUGUUACAAACAAACUGAAGUCGCUAUGCUUGAUUCAUCAUUGUCCAAUUAUGGGGCCUUCUUCUUAAACAAGUUCCUCACCCACCGCGGGUUCGUUCUAAUCCGGUUCCGAGAGUGGUCCCUUCAACCGCGCGACACGGUGGAGAAGAUCGAAUUUUUAUGAGUGUGGAAGUUGUGACGCUAGCUCUCCUUAUUUUGGUCUCUCACUUAUCCAAAUCCAACAGCAUAGUAUGCAUAUCUCUUGCUGCUUGGAUUCAGCAGCGGGUAAGACGCUGGUUGGUAGAUGCAGACUCAUUUAUUUUAGUAGGUGCUCAUGAAAGUGAAACAGACUCCGCCUUCGCGGAUACUCCACCCGGAUGAAGGCUUGUUUGACUUACGGUCGUUGAAUUUCAAGUGCGUCAGUCUCCUCUAACUCGCACGCACGACUGGUUUCACGUGGAUCCCAUUCAGCGGAAUUCUUUGGCGCGCCAGGUUAUGCAAUGACUACUACUCGGCAGCCAAGCUUUUAACUGUUUUCAGUAUUGCAAAGUCGAUUCAUUGUGAGAUAAGUAGUACUGCUAGACGUGGUUUUCAUUAUCCACCUUCAGGUAUUGCUUUUUUCUCUCAGUUAUGUAGAGAACGGAGAGACUUCUGCUCUGCUUAGCCAUCUCAUUCUGAUUCUCGUCGUUCUCCCGUCAUGUUCUUCUCUCACUCUAAUACUUUCUUCGAUAAGAUGUUCGGCGUUUAUCUCCAACGGCUCUACUGGCGUGCGCACGUGGAGGAAGAUCAAUCUAUGGCGCAUGGAUAAGGAUCUACUAGCGCAAUCAUAUCUGUAAGCAAGUCGUGUGAAUUCAUGAAGGUAUGGUACACACGCGGGCAACCAGGGAAAUUGUCUGAAGAGGUAGUAUAGGUUCGAACAACGUGCUGACCAUAAGAAUGGCGCGCAAAUUCAAUCUAUGACGGAGUAGUGCGCUCGUUUCCUAUUUAUGGCACAUUUUGCCUCUGCAAAGACUCUCAAAUCUACAGGCACUCAGGCUCAUCCCUCUAAUUUCCUCCGCUCGCUCAUUCCUGGGGACAAAAAAAUGACUAAGGCAAAACCAAUUGACAUGGCAUCUUUUUGAAACGUGACUUUUUUCAAAGAAAAAAAGUGCGUCGUGAACUCCAUGCAAGUGCCAAUUGGAAUACUCUAAGACGCUGGAAUUGGGCGGCCACCCUUUGGUUAUGAUGAAGCACUAAGUCAUACUUACGCGGUCUCCCGUUACUUUAUUUUUAUUUUGUUGCACCGCCUGCGCCACGAUGUUCUGCGCUUUGAUCGCUUAAUUAGGUGUCCCCAGCACGACCUGGGGUCAGCUAGUAUCCUCAAGCUCAACCCUGACUCAUGCGCCAGCUGAAUAUUAUAAACAACUCAUACACCCGUCAUUAUGAUACUUACUCGGUUUUCUUUGGUAUCUGCCAGAAUGGACCAGCAAGAAGCAAAUCAAUAGUCAUUUGAAGGAUCGAAUCUCAACUAUUCACGAAAUAGCUGUGCACAUGUGUAAUAGAUAAUAGAUGCUAGCUCUAAACUUUUGGGAAACUCCUUCCAGUACAGUCAAGAAUGUUAUGACUAUUUGCAAGACGCUUGGCUGCGCCGCCAGGCGCUCAUACAACAAGCAGAAAAGAAUGCAGACCAACAGAAGGCAGAGGAGGAGAAAGACGCUGCCCCGUCUCCGGACCCGAAGAUCAGGAGACGUUAUGGUCUUGGAUUAGUUACCAGCAUCAGUGUGAAACCAUGUUCCCUUGCAUACUCUUACACACAAACGCGCUACUCUAGACCUAGCAGAAGACUAGUUUUUUCUCUCCGCUGAUUAAAUAGCAGUACCUCCACAUCACGGCGGACACAGCUUGGGGUGCUAGAAUAGCGGAGCCAAUGUUGCUUGCCUUGUUGCUUCUAGCGAAAGCAUUAGUUCUUUAAAAUGGCUCCUCUAUGCGCGUUUUCGCUGUCCGAACUUGCGUAUUCACUUAGUGAAUGCGCGAGCCUACUUCCAUGGCGUAUCAACCGCAGCCUUCAUUGUCAUUAUUGAAUAUCUCUUUUCCUCUCAUGAUCUUGAUGGAGGGCCGGAGCUGGGAUUGUACACGAUCCAGGAAGGAAGUCAAGAAGGCGAAGAACAAGCAGGUGAAAACGAGGAAGCCCAACAAGGCCCGGCGUCGCUCGAAGACUUCAACUUCGAUAACCAAAACAACCUCCAGGGACAGCAACAACAAGAUCAACAACAGCCAACUCCUAUUGUUCCGUCUGCAGACGUAGGUCAAAUUCCGGAGGGAGAUCAACAACAACAUCAAGAACAGCUGACUCCUAUGGUUUUUCCUGCACACGAAGGUCAAAAUCCGGAGGGAAAUCAACAACAACAUCAAGAACAGCCGACUCCUAUGGUUUUGCCUGCACACGAAGGUCAAAAUCCGGAGGGAGAUCAGCAACAACAUCAAGAACAGCCGACUCCUAUGGUUUUGCCUGCACACGAAGGUCAAAAUCCGGACGGAGAUCAACAACAACAUCAGCUAGAGCAUCCAGCAGAAGGCACUGAAGGUCUACAAAAGCAAUUGAAUCAAGAUGCUACUCCAGGAGAAACUAGUCAAGCGGCUGAAACCCUGAACAGGGAAGCCACUCACGAGCAAGGAGACAAUGGCAUACGAGCCGGACAAGCAGAGUCUCUGGUGGAAGGAGAGGAUGGCACAGCCGUGGGAUCUCUGGCAAGCGGAAAUCCGACGGGCUCUUCCUUGGAAGAGGACGAAGAAGAAGAGGAUGACGAAGGGACAGGAGAAGAGGACCAGGGGGAGACCGAUGGGAAACCAGCAAAGCGCGGCCGCCCUCGCAAGAUGAGCAAGAAGAUGGCUGCAAAGUCGCAGUCGCAGACAGGCAGGAAGAAGGCUGCUCAACCGAAGAAGAAGACGAAUGCAACGCGAGGAGCACGCAAAAGCACUCCCGAGAAGGGAGCCAAGAAGAAGAAGGUGGCACCCGUCAGCUCGAAAGCAGCAGAGAAGAUGUGGCAAUUCGUAGUGGACGAGGAAGGUGGUCUUUAUAAUGGAGACAGAAACAUCAGUAGGGGUUGAUAGUUAGUCACUAACUACCUAGUGGCACUGGUACCAUGCAGGAAUAAGGUUAAUGAAAAGUGUCUCGUUGUAUCCCAAGGGAUAAAUUUCUCCAUGGCCCAGCAUAAGCAUUCCCCUUACUUAGUUACUAUUAGUGCUAAGACUCUUAAAGAGUAAGAAGACACUAGAUAAAUGUGACGCCUCCUCAUAAAGCAUUGCAACAAGGAGCUAUCGUAUAUGUAUAAUGUUCAUCAUACUGUGCGAAG